AUGUUGGAGGGUCGCAACUGCUUGGCACUGUCUGUCGAGCAGCAGGGCUUCUUCCAAGAUCUAGCGAAAUUGCGCCUCGUGGCAUUCGGAGCACUUUCAGGUCUGGUGAUGUUGGACAAAGCGGGCAUUGUUCACAAUGACAUCAAGCCAGACAACCUGAUUUGGACAGAGGCCAAUCAUGGCUCCGGCCCUCGCGUCAAGAUCGUGGACUUCGGAUGCGCGCGUCUUGAUCACCGUUAUGAAAACGGCCGCAACUGGGCUCUUGCUGAAGGUGGAGCUGGCCACUUGGGCAAGUGGGCACCGGAAAUGACACUUCGCCUUGCCAUUGGUCAUCGCGCAGAUGUUUGGGGCACCGCUGUUUCCCUUUGUGAGCUACUUUGCGGGCGCACGGUCUGGCGAUCGGAGAUGGACACGGCGGAGGUGGUAAUGACUCAAGCGCUGGGAUUGUGCAACCUGCGCGAUGGCGUGCCGCCGUCUCUCCUCCGACGAAGUCCAUUGGAUGUGCGUCAGCUUUACACUCCAGCACCGCGACACUGGCCGUUGCGGCGAACUGCCUGCGGCCAGCUGGAGCCGCUCAGGCCGAAGCGCUGGGGACUUGAGCAAGUUCUCGGGCAAGGAUGGCAGAGCUCGGACAAGCUUGAGCUCGGACAAUUGCUCCUUGCUGCCUUGGUUCUGGAUCCUGCCUUCCGCCCGUCAGCGACACAAUUGCUGCAGUGCUGCAGCUUCCUCAACCCGAGGAUUUACGAGGCUGGCUCUGAAAGAGUUGGAUGA